AUGAGUUAUCCAGCAGCCCCUGCGCUUCCGGUGGGAUACAGCUUCCACGCCGGCUACCCCGACGUCCCCCAGUACCUCCACCUUCGUGCCGCGUCAGGUCUCUCGGCAAAAACAACAUCCCAGGCAGCCGCUAUUGCCACAGGAAGCUGGUAUGGCUGCUACAUCACCUACGAUGCGCCCAACGAAAGCCCACUGCCGAUUGGGAUGGGAAGAAUCAUUGGGGAUGGGGGUUGGUACUUUCACAUCGCCGACAUGGCGGUUCAUCCGGACCACCAGCGGAAAGGACUCGGAGAUGUGAUUUUGAAGGAACUUCUUCGCCAGAUUCACCACGAGUCCCCUGCCGAUGGAAAGCCUUACAUUACUUUGUUCGCUGAUAAGCCGGGUCGGAAACUGUACUAUAAGAAUGGGUUCGUCGAUUCGGCACCGGGCCAACUGGGCAUGGCGUUGAAAUCCUAG